UUAAAGUUUAUUUUGUAUUUUCUCAAGAUGGAGGACUGGAAAUUGACGAAUUUCAUAUCAGACAAAGAAUAGUUUUGUAACAGUGCAGCUAAUUGUCUCAGAGAGGAAGGAUGUGAAAAACUGCAAGUGAUGGAAUCCUGUUGAAGAUUUGUAUGAUAUGGCAACAUGCACGAGGUGAGUUCUUUGGUAUAGCUUGAUGUUUUUAAUUUUGUUUGAUGUUUAGUGUUUGAUUGUGUUGGUUUUACAUGUUUUUGUAAAUAACACAAAUAUUUUCUCUCUCUGAAAAUCAUGCAAUCAAAUUAUCAACUUUUGUGUGCAGCAUUGAUGUAACAUUGUUGUCUCUUUAGAUAUUUUUGUUUUGAAUUUUAAAUAAUUUGAAUGUAUAUGAACUUUAUGAAGUUUACAUUUAUAUAGUAAGUUACCUGUGAACAUGGACAUCUGGGGACCAGAUAAUGUUCAUGGUUAUUUUUUCUUGUGUUGAUAAAAAAAAAAAAGACUAAAAGCGAAUAUCAGUGUACAACAUGCAGUAGGAAUACUUUUAUUUAAAGUAGGUUUGCUACAUACAAUAUGCAUGCACCUGUAUGAAAACAUGUACUAUGAACUAACUUUUAUUUUGAACUACUUUUAUUCACGAAUCACUGAUCGGAAAUGUGUGGACAACAAGUAUUAUACACAAGAGAAGUGGGCCUACAUGUAUAUAUGCACCUUUUGCAUCAAUGGUUUGUGGCAACAAAUAUUUGUGAGACAGUAGUGUUCGCCAUUCUUGUGGAUUAUAUUUCUCGCAUUGAAGCGAUUUUAAAUUUGUUUGAUAGUAAAUACAGGGAUCGUGAAGGUGUAUAUACAGCAAUAAUGAACAAUGAAUAUGUACAAUAUAUUAUACCAAGUCUUAGUUAGACUGUAUUGCAUUUGAAUAUAAAGGAAAAGGCGAGCUUUUACUUGUACUUUGAACUUCAAAGGAACGAGGAUAUGAACUUGAAUGAGCACUGUGGAAAUUGUGGGUAAUGAGGGAAAGAAACAAGAGUUGUUCUUAAUGAUUUUCAAGAAAAGUAUACAAAGGCCACUGACACAUGUGCAAUUAUGUUGUUUGGUUUAAUGCUGAAAUUGGUAGGUCUGCUUAUUAAAAGCUGCCUACUGUAAUUAGAUGGUUGAACCUGACAAGACUAUUUGAGAGUGGAAAUGAUGUAUGUAUACUCAGUAUAAGUAUGUCUGCAACAUGAUAAGUUUGUUUAAAAAAAAAAAAAAUUUCAAGAUAUAUUGCAUUCAAAAUGUAUUACUUCCAAAAUGUAUGGUUUCCAUAUUGCAUUGCUCUCAAAAUAACUUGUGAUUUGAGAGUGUACAAUAGACACAUAUAUGUACACGAUCAAAAAUAGAUAAAUAUAUGCUUUCAUAUUAUUUUAAUGCCCAUGAUUUCCUCUCUUCACUAUAUGAAUUUCUUUUCCUGAUUUUCACAUCCCUCUCCGUGCCCUAUUGCAUUUAAAAUCUGAUCCAUUCAUGAAGUAGCCUGCAGAGAGGUAAAAAAAAUAUAUAUAUAUCGUGAUAAGGCUUAGCAGAUGUAGUAUUGUUUUUGGAUGGAUCAUGAAUAUUCGCAAAGGUUUGAACAUCCCUGUGUUAGCUUCUGUUUGGAAUUUUUGGACUUCAAAAUGUGUAAAAUGAUGCCCAGCACACCAGGUUGGUAGUAUUUAAGUGGUCUUUUAAUGACCUUGCUCUCUGUGUUUUAGGAUCGUUUGAAUCUCAUUAGCUUACGAAUGACCUACUUCUGGAGUUCUUUGUGUUUUCAAAACUCCAAGGCUUGCAGAAUAUAUACUUAUAUAUUUGGGAACUGAUAUCCCCAUUGAUCAAUGUACAUUCAUGUUCACUAACUUUCUAAGUGGACACCAUUAUUAUUAAUCAUGGAUGGACUGCACAGUGUUCCAGAUUAUGUAUGUAGAUUUCCUGCCUUUUUUUUUCUUCUUUAAAGUGGCUAAAGAUCACCAUUUUUGUAUAAUGUUGGGCUUCAGAAAGUACGCAUGGGCUGUAUAUGCAUUGACCUUGAUCAAAUUAAAUAUUUUAAUCAUUAUAUCUCAGUGUUGCAUAUAUACUAAUAUGAAAAAAGUUUGGUUGACACUUGUCGCCCAUGGUACUAUUUGAAAAAUUUACAUUUUGGACAGUUCUUUGAGGAAAAUAUGAGAUGUCAUAAACUUUAUGGUACCGUAAGAAUAAAUAGAAAUCAGUUUGAAAUAAAAUACAUUUUUCUUUUCUUAGUUUUUCAAAAUGUAAAUGAUCAAAUUUUGAAGAAUUCAAAAAAGGUUUGCGAUUUAGGGAUGAAUAUAUGGCCAUUAUUGAACCUAAUUCUCUCUCAGUUUUCCCUUUAAUCUGAUCUAAUUGUGUUUAUUUAUAUAUCUUAUUUUUAUCUUGAUUGAAGCUGAACUUGAAAUCUUUUCAUCAAGGAACAUGAUUUACAUUCGUUGCAAAUUGAGGGUGUAACAUUUUCCUUUUAAAUGCUAGUCUAUCUCCAGUUUUACCUCCACAUCUUAUAUAAUUCUGAUAGGGUACCUCUGUUAGAAACAGAUUAGAUAAGGAUUCCAUUUCCGUGGAAGCUGAAAUCCUUCUGAACAGAGAAUAAAAAUCACUUGCUUUUCUAAUCGAGCAGAAGAUGAGAUGUAAAACGUGUAAGUUUCAGGAAAAGGGUAGGGAGUCCUUGGGGCUGUCAUACUAUCUGCGAUAAUGAUGGAAGAUGAAUGUCAUAAUGGGCAUGAAUUAUGUCAUGCUCGUUAAUUCUUGUGACCUAGAGAGGUCAUUGACCCGAGUCAGGCAAUUUCUUGAAGGAGUUGUCUUCCCUUGGUGAUGGUGCAACUGAUAUCACCACACCCAUUCAGAGGCCCUGUGUUAUCUCUGACUCUGUGUGGAGUGUUCCCUUCAUCUCGGGGAUUUGAUUCUAGGUCAGAGAUUUAGUAGGAAUAUCUGAUAAAUCAGAGAUGCUUGUUGUUAGGAUGCAGCCUUUUUACAUUAUUGUAUCUAUAAUACAAAUGUACUUGGGAUUAUCAAAUAGCACUUAUCAAUUAGCAAUUGACUUUUGUAUCUAAAUAAGCAUUUGAUUAAUACUUCAUUUUCACCAUUUUGUAAGAAUCAAAUGUGUAAGCAUGCCAACUUUUAUUAAUUGUAGAUAAAAUUUUGUUCAAACUAUGGUCCCAAGUACCAGUGUAUCAAUUUGAUAUGCAAUCAUCCAAUUGUGAAAUAAAUUUUUAAGUUAGUUCAUAUCAUGACCUCUGGAAUGCUUUUACAUAGAAUACAUAUGUUGGAAAAAUGUUUAAACAAAUAUUCAGAAGGUUUUUGUUCUUCAAAACUAUAUACAUGUAUUCUGUCAUGGUCUUCAGCUUUGUGUCAGAGGCUGCAGUUAAAGUAACCAGAAGAUUUGUAAUUUAAUGUUAGGCUGACUCUUCUGUACUCACUCAUGUGAGCAUUUGGUCCAUGGACCUCUUGUUACUGAGAAGUAUAAUUAUUGCACUGGUAAUCAACAGGAGAAAGAUUUGUAAUCCAAAUAAAGUCUUUAAAGAAAAGAAUCAUUAUCCAGAUUGCCCAGAAAAUCCUGUGGAUAAAUUAUGUGCUCUUAUUGAUUAGUGAGUCAUCAGUAAUGUUAAUAUUGUCAACUUGAUGCACAUGCUUUCAUUGAAUGGAGUUCUCUGUGUUAGAGUUGACGGCAAAAUGGACUUUAAAGAUAUUUUGUAUUUAAAUUAUUCAUUCUAUACAUUGCUUGUGGAUGCCUUCUAUGCUAGCAGAACAGUUCUGAUAUGUAGCAAUUAUUCUGUGCCAAGAUUGUACCUUCACGAUCACCAUGCAGAUUCAAUUAAUCUCCGGACAUAAUGAAAAAGAAACUCAGCUUGUGUCUUCAAGACAUAAACAACCUAAAUUACACGUCUCCACAUGCCACAAUGUCUUGUGAAUGGAGAAAACAUCGGCAACAUUGGCUCUUGGAGACACCAGUACAACCAUGAUGUACUUUAUGCUGACAGCUUUAAGGAUCCUGGGGACACUGGCUGAUGAAAUCAUUUGGCACUUACUACAUGUUUAUUAUUCAAAUCAAGUUUCCCCCUUGUUUCGACCAGCAACAGAGGGCAGUGUGUAUUGAUUUUCUGUGUGGUGUCGCCUCCUCCUUCUUUCAUCGUUUUUUUCUGGUUUGGAUGGAGGCUGAGUAACCAGACACUGGGUAAAGUGACUCAGAUCUUAUUGACAGAUUUCAUUAAGAUGUUCCUUUGUCAAUUAGUAGUCUGGUUUCAGUGCAUGUUCCAGUGGGUCCUUGGAGAAAGUGAGAAAAAAGGAAACAAUUUGUCUCAUUGUGGAAUGGGAUGACCUAUUUAGGAUUUUGACCAAAAUUUUUGUGUUUUUGUCAAGGCUAUAUGGUGAAGUUUUUCAUCAGAAUGGAUGUAGCACUUGCACAAAUAUGGUACUGAAGAAAAAAAGUGAAUUUCAAUGUGGAUUACAUGAAUCAACUGUUUCCUAAAAACGAAAUACUGGAGUACUAGAUUUGAUAUACAUAUGUUAUUUGACAUUGUACUGAGAUUUCUCUCUGAACAUGAUAAUGUGAAAUGACAGUGUGAUUGACAGUCUGUUAGAAAUGUGUGCUGCCGUAGUCCUGGACCAACUACUGGUUUUGUUAUGGUGCAAGUCUGACAAAGAAGGUACACCUGUCAAAAAAAGUGUCAACAGGUAAGUGCCCAGGCACCUGUGGAAGUUCCUAGAGAGAUGAUGUAUUGACAGGUUGGCCUGCAUUUGAUGUUCAUUGUUGGCUCGAACAUAUAUACAAAGAACAUGCAUUAUGGGGUUAAAAGGCUCAGAGUGUUGCAAUUUGGCAUUAGAAUAAAGAGUGUAAUUCCGAGUAAUUAGCUCUAUUUCCCCUGUGUAUACACUUCUUGUCUCUGAUUUAGUUGUUAUCUGUUUAAUUGCAAUUUUGACUGUUGUUAAAAAGGAAAUUCAAUUUCUGUCCAUUUUAAGAGAACAUGUUGUGUUUUUUACACAAGCAGAAUGUUUGACACAAAUCAGUUGAACAGCUGAUGCAGAUCAAACCACAUGUAUAUUUCACAAGGUGUUACCCCAAGUGAGGGCCCCAGCCAAUCAGUCAGACUUUUAUGAUACACACAGAAAAAUGAGUGUUUAUGAUAUUUAAUGGUUUCCUGUGCUCUUCAUCCAAACAAUUCCACAAUUACAAAAUGUGUGCAAGUUAGGAAAACAUGGGGCAUUGUCUAACAGUAAACAGUGCUGGUUCCUACACCUUCAAGAAUGACUAUUUUGUGUGGCAGCGUGUUGGAAUUCACAGCAGUUGGAGUAAUUGUUUCUAAUGAGAAACUAUGCCUGUGCAGAAACCAGACUUUUGAUCACAAUGAGAUGUCCAAUUUUGUAAGUUGUCAUGGCCUUUGAGGUUCAGAACAUAUACAGCACUCCACAGAUUCCGCGCAAACGGCCAUGUUUACAUCCCCGUCGAAUGACGCUGAUCGAUCUCAGAAAUGUACGAGUAGACGAAGAUGACAACCAACCCUACAGAAAAUGCAGCACGGCCACAAUUCGAUCGGAAGGCACUGGGACACAGUAUUACUCCAAGCAUGGUGGAAUACAGCACAUGUAUGACAGCUCUGACACAGCCAGUCUGGAUUCCUUCAAGAGUAACUCCUCUUGUAUGAGGAUCAGAAGGGUGUCCAGUUCAUUCGAAGGAUCCACGAGGUUCCCAAGGCUUCAGGAGUGUGCUCAUUUCCAUUAUGACGUUGUAGAACUUCCUGGUUUUCAGGUUUGUUUGUGUGAUGAAGAGCAGGAGAAUUUUCAUCAUGUCAGUGGGGAGGAGGAGGGGGGUGCCUUCCUUGUUAAGAUCACCUGUGGUAACAAGUGCUGGAUGGUUAAGAGGACGCUCAGAAACUUCUGCAUGUUGGAUAGACAACUGCACAAGUGUAUAUUCGAUCGCAAGUUUAGUAGGUUAUUUGACCUACAGAAGUCAGACGAAGGAAAAAGUCCUAAGGAAAUGGAACUUUUUCUUCAAUCCUACCUGAAGAGAUUUUCAGAUAUUGCUGGUAGUAUGAUCAACUGUGGCUCAGUUCUCAACUGGUUUGAGAUUGACAAUCGAGGAAAUCGUUUACUCGUUGUGGAUGAUUCAGGGAUCAAUACUCCAGCCAUUGCUGCAGCUCAUGCAGUAAAGCGAUAUACUUCACAAGCCAUUGAUGAGAUAUCAUUAGAGGUUGGAGAUAUUGUGUCUGUGAUUGAUAUGCCCUCCACAGACGACACUAUUUGGUGGAGAGGGAAAAGAGGAUUUGAGGUGGGGUUUUUCCCAGCAGAGUGUGUUGAAGUGAUAGGUGAUAAAAUCCCAGCCUCUGUCCAGUCCAUGGUGCCAAUAAACAGCAAUAUAGUCCGCAAACAUGGAAAAUUUCUGUCUUUUCUGCGGAUGUUUUUUACAACACGUCCUCCACGGAACCAGCUUAAACAGUCUGGAAUUGUCAAAGAGAGAGUGUUUGGGUGUGAUUUGGGAGAACAUCUUCUGAAUUCUGGACAUGAUGUUCCUCUGGUCCUAAAGUGUUGCUCUGCAUUUAUAGAGGAGAUGGGAAUUGUCGAUGGGAUAUACAGACUUUCUGGAAUCACUUCCAAUAUACAGAAGUUAAGAUUGGCUUUUGAUGAGGAUAGAGUGCCUGACUUAACGGAAGAGAUUUACCUACAAGAUAUACACUGUAUUAGUUCACUGCUCAAAAUGUACUUCAGGGAACUCCCAAAUCCUCUGCUGACGUACCAGCUGUAUGACAAGUUUGCUGAUGCUGUACGGGAUGAGGACAACAAAUUGUGGAAAAUUCAUGAUGUUGUCCAGCAACUCCCUCCUCCUCACUACAGGACAACCGAGUUCCUGAUGCGUCAUCUAGCAAAAGUUGCAGCAUUUGGCAAAGAAACUGGUAUGCAUUCCAAGAAUUUGGCCAUAGUGUGGGCCCCAAAUCUUCUCAGGUCAAAGGAGUUGGAGUGUGGGGGAGGAGCAGCUGCUCUCCAGGGGGUGGGGAUCCAGGCUGUUGUCACCGAGUGUUUAAUAGUGUAUGCAGAUCUCAUCUUCAGUGACAAACUCCCAUCAUAUUCCUCACCAGAACUGAAACCAUCAAGGAAAAAACCCAGACCCAAAUCCCUGGCGAUUUCUACACCCACAAAGUUAAUAACACUGGAAGAAGCCAGAGAAAGAGCCUUAUCAGCUAGUCUUCGUCCCCCACACCAAAAGUACAUAGAUGUAGGGAGUGGACCCAAAGGCUUGUCGGGGAAAUACCAUACCGUCUUAGAUCUGCCUGGUUACAGAAAAAAGACCCCUUUGAAGGAAGUUGGAAAUUUAAAAGCAAAGAAGUCUCCCAGUGGUUGGAGGUCGAUAUUUACUAAGGGAAAUCGACAAAGCAGCAUGAAGCACAAAAACCACAAAAGUGGAUUAUCACAAUCACUGGGUACUGGAAUGGAGAGAAAAGCCAUAACCGAGGAAGAUGUGCAGACCUGGAAGAGACGGCGACUUAGGGGAGCCAAGAGUGCUGAGUCAUUGCUGGUCCUUCCACCGUCCACCUCCAUUGACAGCACCAAGAGAAUGUCCAGGCUGGUUGAUGAGACCAUGCUGAUGAAAUUGUUUCAAGAAGAGGAGAGUAAAAAACUUUUGGGUCAUAAGAGAUCUCUGUCAUCGGAGUCCCCCAGAAACCUUAUGCAUGCUGAGGAUACCAUCACUUACCCGAGCUAUAUUGUAGCUGGUUCUAGAGAGAUGGCAAUUGAUGUAGAUAAUUUAAAAGAUGGUGUAGAGAAUGAAAAUCCAGAUAAAAGAAAACAGAAGCAUUCUUUUGUUCGUUCUGAGCCUAAGCGAAGAGUCGUAUCUCAUCGUAGGACCCCUUCUGCACCUCUUAGUCCAAAAAUGAAUGAAUCUCGUGAGAAAAGCAGGAGUCCAAAAAUGUCCAAGCAGAAAGGAAUCUCACAAAGUGUCUUUGAAAUAGAGCAUCGAGGCACUGAGGGACUGAGAGAGAAUCUCAUGUCAUCUUCCAUUGAUGCAGAAAAGUUUGUGUUGCAUGUUGAUGACAAAGACUUGUUGAAACCAGUUGAUCAAAAGGGCAAGAGCCCCUCAAGUGACAGUCGUAAACUGAGGAACUCUAAAUCACCACAGAGAGAUUCAAAGGAAGGGUCCUCUUCUCCUAGAGAACAGAAAAAGACUAUGAACGUUAGUGACAAAUCUCGGAAGAAGGAAGAGGUAAUUGACUUACCAGAAAGUCCAGGAGCCAAACGGAAAAACUGGUUAAGUAGUUCAUCAUCCACCCCAUGUACCACACCUGAUGAACCUCCAUUGAAUCAGUACUUCUCAAGACAUCAUGACUAUGCAGAAAUUUCUGACAGCAGUGAAAACGAAAUUCCGAACAAUACUCAGUCAUCCUCUUCUUUGCAAACAGAGGAAAAUGUAAACCGUUUGUCAGACAACUACGACAAUGUGGAUAAUGCAAUGUUUUUUCUUCCAUCUGAUGACACAGAUCUACUCCAAUCCAUUGACCAGGCUGCAAACCUGCAGUCAAUCAACCAAGCUACAAAUAAUAACAUAACUUCUUACUCAUACAGUGAAAGUGAAGCCAAAUACUCCUCAGUGGAAUUUCAUCAGUCUAAGACUGAAGGGUGUUCAAAGAUGUCAAAAUGUUUAAGUGUUCCAUCAGACAUUCAGAAAUCACUAGAAAAUCUUACAUCCGGAAGUCAAACUGACUUGCUCUCUUCCAUUACUCUGAGUGAAGUUUCCACUUCCAUGGAUAGUUUUAGUCUUAGUGAGGAAAACAGUUCUGGUGUAGACAGAAAACGGAGAAGUGCUUCAUUAGACAGUUUGUCUGAAUCCCCACUCACCAGGACCUUGGUGGAGAUAAAUGCCCAGAUUGAUCAGGCUUUCAAGAACGAAGUUCAAAAAGCAAAGAAACUGAAGGAGGAAAAAAGUCUGUCUAUAGAUUCAGGUGAUUUCAGAGAAGAGAUUGCAACCAGCUUGCAUGAAUCAGCUAAUCAAGACUCGAAUACAUUUGUGGACAGACCUGCUGCAGAGGUGCAAGUUGUAGAAACACCAAGAUUAAUCCGUGCUCCAUUACGUAAUGCCAAAGACCAAAACUUUUCACUCAAUGUUGGGCAGUCUGCUGAAUCUAAAAACAUUUCAUCUUCAUCAUACCACUUCAAAACACGAACUCCUGAGGAACAUCUCGUGGCAUUUUCCUCAAUACAGCAAGUCAGUCCUUCAUCAGAGUCAUCAAGAAUAUUCUCACCUCAAGAAUCUCCGAAACAAAACCCAAAAGGAUCUGUUUCUUCACUACCUACCAUGUCUCCUGUAUCAAGUCCAAUCAUGGCAAGGACAGGAAGUUCACCCCUGGCAAGUCCAGUUCAGAGACGUCUGAAGCAUUCACAACCUAAUACACCUACACAAACUUGGCAAGCGGAUAGCCCACUUUCUAGCCCAGGUCCUGCUCACAGAGGAUUUGUUUCACCAUUGAUGAGUCCUUCUAGUCCCGACCGGUCUUUUGACUAUGAUUCACAGCAACGGAAAGUACUGUCCAGGAGAGGAAAAGUGACUUUUGACUUAUCGGAUGAUGAUUUGUAUUUUCUUUCACAACAAGGAAAAAAGAGGGAUACUCUUACACGAACUGACUCAAAUUCAUCAUCUUCAACUGUGUCUAGUCUUUCAAGUCCAGAAGCCAGAAUGAAGCAGUCAUCCAAACCUGAAAAUCCUCCAUCUCCUUUUCCGAAACAACCUGCUAAAAGAGACUUUCCUCAUUUACUUCUCUCCUCCACAUGCACAGACUCUAAAUCUACUUCUAGUCCACGUUCCCCAAGAAACCAGCCAAGGUGGGAAGAUUUAGCAGGUCUGAAUCAAGAUUUCCGAGCUAUGGCUGGUUUAGACAAGUCUCCAAACAAACCUCAGAACAAAACAAGUGAAGUUAAAUCUAAUUCUCCAUCUGCACAAGUUCCGUCAAAUCAAGAAAACCUAGACUCCUCGUUUGAUAGAAAGUUGCAAGAUCUUUCAAAUUUUAAUGAACUUUGGAAAAACCAGCUUGCACCUACUGGAGAUGUGUGUAGAUUAACUGACACAAAAGACAAUGUUCAUUCUAAUGAAAAACAUAUUUUAAAAAGGUCUACAACAUUGCCAGCUGCUAUGGAAGUUUCACAUCCAUCUGAUUGCAGAGAAAAAACUCCAGAGUGUAGCACAGAUGAGAGGACAGUAGUUGUAGAAAAACCCAUGAUAAAGAAAUGUUUAACAGAGACUGACCUCCCACAGAUAAAGCACUGUAGUAUUGUUACGCAGGGCAGUAGUGAUACUUCAUCCAGUUCUGAGAUGCGUUUAUGUGAUUCAGGAGCAAGUGUGGUAGUGCAUGAAGAAAGCAGCAUGGAGAGUCAAAUCAAUAUAUGUAGAAGUGAUAGUUACAGCAGGGCUGUAGGUCAAUCAAUGGAGAGGAAUGGAAUCAGUAUUCAGGAAAAGAUGGGGAAGGAUCAAAAGAUUAAUAAGGUUCACAAGGUAGAUGGGAAAGAAGUUGUGUUGAAUAUGCCAAUGCUUCCCCCUCUAGAGUUGUCUGGAUUUCCUAAGUUUGAAAACUCUGAUGAAGUUCCAAUAACAGGUGCUUCCAAGCUUAGCUGUGAUAAAACUGAAAAAGCCAGUAGUAGUUCUAAUGAUUUGUUAGGAAGUGAAGGAAGCUUCCCUGUGAAUUUGUCUGAUAGUUACUAUGACAAUUCUGAUAUGAAUUCAUAUGGAGUGGAAAAUACUAUGAAUGAUGUGAAUUCAUUUGGAGUAGAAAGUAUGAUGAGCACGGAUAUGAAUUCUUUUGGAGGGCACAGCAGUAUGAUGGAGGAAAUUGAUAUAAAUGAGAGUUGUUUUGGAAUCCCAACACAUCAGAAUCUCAGCAACGAAAUGAGAGAAAGAAUGCAGGACAGAUUUAAAGCAAUGAAGGGUCAGGAUACCUGCUCUACAUUGAGUGAUGAUAUGCAGCCUGGGAUUGUUGUCCAUGAAUUGCCUGAUCAUUUGAGAAUGGAUAGUGGGUUUGAUUAUCACCAAGGUAUGGAAGUGGAAGCCUCUGUGCUUGCCUCUGGAUAUACUUCCAUCACAAGGCCAGCAGAAGACAUACAAAUGCUCUCUCAAGGGCCAUUGAUAACGGCUGAACCAUUUGUUGUGGAACAAAUUGAACCAGUCAGUCAAAUGGUUAAACCCAUUGAUAAUUCUGAAGAAGAGGCACAGAAUGCAAUAAAUGCAGACAAAGAGCUUAAUAUGACUCUUCAGUCAUCAUUAAAUCAGAAUGCAUGCUAUAUUUCUUCAAGUGAAAAUGAAAUUUGCAUGGAAACCGAUGUCUGCAGCAGUGUUGAUGGACCACUUCCACAACUUCCGCCCCCGGAGCAAGAAUUUCUGGAGGUCCGUAGGCCAUGUGUUAUGAAACCUAUAAAGGAAACGCUCUCAAGUGAAGGAAGUUCAGAAAAGGGAGAAAAUGAGGUAAUUGUGGAGCACAGAGCAAGUUUCAAGAAAAAGGCACCUGUUCCCUUACCUACAGCCAAACCUAGGAAAGAACGCAAACAGCUUACAGAGUCAGUUGAUUUUUCAGACUUAAAUGAUGAUGUUUUUGUGGAUGAUAUAAAAUCAAACAUAACUAGGAGUAAAUUAGUUAGUCGUGUUCCACUUAAAUCUGUGGCAGAAAGAUGUAUUGGCAAUUUCUAUGCUUUAGAGGAACCUCCAAAUCGUAGUUCUUUAGACGAGUCCAUUUUACAGUUAGCCUCCUCACGGCAUGAUGAUUUCACAGGAGACAACGCAGAUCCAAAUCAAGCAGAGGACGUCAGAUUCACCAAAGCCCACAAGUCAACAAAACUGCAGAGUCUGAAGGAACUGUUUGAAAAGUCGUGCAAAGAAAAUGCUGAAAAACAUCAAAAGGAAAAUCAGGCAUCUCAAGAAAAUUUAGUGUGUUUGCCAAAUCAACAGAUUGCCAGUGAUUCAAAUAGGGUAGUGAAUGCUAGAGCCUCAUUUGGAAAACAGAAGUCAUACUCGCAGAUUGAACAUUCAUAUUAUGAGCAACAACUUGGUGCUGGUAAUGCUGUGUCAAACAGUUUUAAUGUCCCUGGAAGCAGAAGAAGUAUUUCUACCGAUGUGGGUUAUGAAUUCCAGUUGUCAAAAAGCAUGGGAAUGAAAUGCGAAAAAGUAGAUAAAACUGUUGGAAUUGGAAAGCCACCAAAACAUAGAAGUGUUUCAAAAACUAGGACUGGAAGUGAGUCGUCAGUGUGUGAAUCUGAACAGAGAACAAGAUCAUCUCCUAGAUCUGUGGAUGGAUCUCCCAAGUUUGCUAGAGAGGGAUCACUUAGUUCAAAAAGUUCUCCAAAAUCUCAAAGAGAUUCCUCACCUUUCAGUCAAAUUUCUUCUGAUGACUCACCAAGAGGAAUCCGUCGCUGCUCUGAAGAAAGUUCACCUCGCAGCAUUAGGCAUCAGUCUUCAGAGGAGAAUUCACCUAAAGUUUUAAGGGUCAAAUCUGAAGGAUCUCCUAGGGGAACAAGGCAUGUGUCUUUUCAGAGUCACAAUCAAUCUGUUACAGCAACUCGAGGCUCACCGGGAAUCAGCAGGGUUGUGAUGAGUUCCGAGAAAAAUGAAAGAAUGACUAAAUCUUGUUCUGUGUUGAACACUUCUCCACAUGGUGCAGCUAGUGGAUGUGCCUCUGAGGACAUGAUGAGUCGAUCCCUUACAUUAGAACAUUCUCAAUCUCUGGAGGAAACCGCUUCUCAUCUCAAAAGAAGGGGAAGCAUUAAAGAACUAAUGCAUUUUUUCGAAAGCAAACGGGAGAGUUGUGGUGAAGAUGUGGGAAGGGGGGGUGGUCGACAGCGCGUUCAUAGUGUGUCACCAACAUUAGGACUGAGUCAGUCAGAAUCCCUCACUCUUGUUAAUGUCCGACAUAGUCUCGAGUUACCGCCAACAAGUGCCCUGUCUACAUUGGAAGGAGUCACCAGACCAAAUCCAGUUAGAAUGGGUCCCAAGCCAUUUUACAGUGUUAAAAACAAUUAACCAGCAAACAAAAUUUAACAUUAAGUGCAUGUGUGAAUGCAAAUUGCUGCCAUAUCUUUAGAGCUCAAGAUUGUUUUCUACAACUGUGAAACUGUUGUAUCAUGUAGGGACCAGGAUGUUAGAGUAACUAAAUGUUGUAAUUCCUUUGCCAACUUCAACCUCCAAGAAACCUUUCAUGGUAACUAACACUAGUACCCCCAGUCAUCCCACUGAAAUCAUAUGUGGCAAUGUGCAAUAAUGAUUGAUUUUAUAGUAAAACCAAAUAUUGUAUCCCCAUUCCAAUUUCACAGGAUGUUUCAUCAUAUUUUCAGUUCCGACAUUGGUAUGGUUUUCGGCAGAUAUGCAGUAUUAUUUAUGGGUAAUUUAUGUAUUUCUUUAUUUUAUUGAGUUUUUUCAUGAUUUAAGUUGUUGUGUAAACUUGCUACUUAAUCCUGAAGGGGUUAAACACUGCCAUUUUGCUGAAAGCAGAUGAAUUAGAUUUAUUUCAUUACAAUAUCCUGCAUAGUUCUAAAGCUUUGAAAGCUUGCAUCCUUUAGAUAUUGAAUACAUGACAGCUUCUGUUAAUUAGGCCUACUAGUGUCAACACAAGGGUAUGUCCUCCCAUUUUAUAUAUAUGUCAUGUACUGUACAUGUAUCUUUUCUAGUCAAUAUUUAUUUAUUUUGUUUACCUAAUGUAUUUUUGUUAGAAACACAGUUGUAUGCAAUGAAUUGCAUUGUGUGUUUUUCCCCUUAAAAUGUACCUGUAUAUCUAAAGUUAAGAUCCCACAUAAGUUGUCUGUAUUUGUGAUCACUGGGAAUAUUUCAAAACUAAUGAGAAUUGGUUGUUUUUGUGUGGUUGUAUAAUUUGUUAUUAGUGUAUGAAGUUUGAAAAUCAUAUAGCUGCUCAUAAUGUAGAGAUCUGAUCACAAUAGUGUGAACAAGUUGCUGUUGAUAAUGUAAUUUGCGAUCAUCAUCGAAUUCUAGUGAUCUUUCGCGUGUAUUAGUGUUUGGUAAUGUCCUUGGUGUGAGGGCCUGCUGUUUGCCUGUUUUUAUUUUUAUGCACCUCCAAGUAUUUUUUAAUGUAUAUUUUAAAGUACUCCUAAGUGCUUAUGGCAGGGUCCCAUUGUGAAGAGUGGGAUUUUAGCAUAAUAUUUAUUUUCUAUUCCAUUACUUCAUCAUCUGUAAAACCUCACUAACAAGCAAUAAACUGGUGAUUAAUAAAACCAUAUGAAAUAAA